GACUCGUUCUUCAGCGACCUUGAGACAUGAUGGCAGCGAUCAGAUCAUCUCGUGCAGUUUUCGGGAAUUUCCUGCAAAAGAACUUAUGUCCUGCAAUUUCUGCAAGAGCAAGUUCAGUAUGGGCGGGCGUCCCCAUGGGGCCACCAGAUGCCAUUCUGGGCGUCACAGAAGCUUUCAAGAAGGAUACUAAUCCAAAAAAGAUCAACCUUGGUGUUGGGGCAUACAGGGGUGAUGAUGGAAAGCCAUUUAUACUGGAAUGUGUGAAAAAGGCUGAGAGACAGGCCACAGGACAGACAUAUGUGACUCCAAUAUAG